GAAAUGUCAUAAAGAUCAAAAACAUGAAAACCGCGUGUUGAUCUCGUAUUUAGUAGCGGUAGUCCCGGUAGUCUUUAUAUCAGAAAGUUUUUCUUCGAUUUGAAUUACUUUAAAAUAAAUUAAAAUGAAACCGAAAACGACAAACACGCAGGUCAAAAAACGUUCUGGUAAACGAAAGGAUAAAGCAACCAAUAAACGGAAAAUAGAGGAUUUAGAUGCAUCGUCGGAGGAUGAGGGCAUCGAGCUUAAAGAUACAAGAACUUCGGAUGAACCAGUACCCAAAAAAACUAAAUGGAUCAACAAACAGCGAGUAUUGGUUCUUUGUGCAAGAGGAAUCAAUCAUCGCGAUAGGCAUUUGAUGAAGGACUUAAAAACGGUUAUGCCUCACCACCGUGCAGAACCAAAGAUGGAACGUUGGAAGACGUUAUCCGUGGUGAAUGAGAUGAGCGAAAUGAAGCAUUGUAAUAAGGUUAUGAUGUUCGAAGGGCGUCGCAAGCAAGAUCUUUAUAUGUGGCUGGCAAAUGUGGACAAGGGUCCGUCAGUAAAAUUUCUAGUUGAAAACAUUAACACGAUGGGUGAAAUGAAACUAACCGGAAAUUGUCUUCGUGGCUCCCGCCCUAUUCUUUCCUUCGACCAAGAAUUUACAAAACAACCCCACUUAGCGGUGAUCAAGGAACUAUUAACGCAAAUUUUUGGAGUUCCAAAUCAUCACCCAAAGAGCCAGCCGUUUGUGGACCGGGUUAUCAGCUUUACACUUCUGGAUAAUCGUAUUUGGUACAGACAUUUUCAGAUACUUUCGGAAGACGGUGGUUUAGCCGAGAUUGGGCCUCGGUUUGUGAUGAAUCCGAUAAAAAUUUUCGAAGGAUCGUUCUGUGGAGAUCCCAUCUGGGAAAAUCCGACUUACCAGAGUCCCGCGAAACACAGACAGCUGCUGCGUAAAGCUGCCAAGGACAAGUAUCUAAACAAGCAGAAGCAAAAGAUUGACCAGCAUUUGAAUGCUCCGAAGAAUACCCACGAUUUUGACCCACUAGCGGAAGUGUUCCAAGGAGAUGUAAAUAAGAGGGCUAAGCAGAUAGUGGCCAAAGAAGAGCGCCAAAGUGCGGAGGAAGCCCAGCGAAAAGCCGUUGAGGAACAGCACAUCCGCAUGAAGAAAAAAGACGAAAUGAGAAAACUAAAGAAACUGGCACAGACGAAGAAGGCUGGCAAGGCGGCCUUGAAUGCCAAGAAGAAAGUCAGUCUGAAGGUGAAACAGAAACCGGAAGGGAAAAAAUCGCGAAAAUAAUAAUACAUAAGAAUUUGUCAAUUUACUGUUCUGAAAUAUAUCAGCCUUAAGCUAAGAAUUAAAAAAAAUCACGCA